UCAUCUCUCUAUAAAGAAAUUCUCUCCCACCCCACAAGCAAAGCACCUUUAACUUUUUCAUUUCUCUUUUCAAAAAUAAAAAUUUCAAGAACCCUCUCUCUCUCUCUCUCUCUCACAUCACAAGUGUCUAGUACUUUUUUCUUGAAUUAACAUUUUUGAAACCUUUUAAUUUAAUUUUCUGGGUUUCUGUGCAUUUUGUUGGGAUCUAAAUUCACAAUUUUAAUGGGUUUCUCACAAGAAACCUGCACUGAUUCCACAGACAUUUUCAACACACAAACUAUUCCAUAUGCUACUGUUUCUCUACUUUCCUCUCAUUACUGUCACCACAACAAUUACCACAAAUUUCGAACCUUUUUCAAAAAAAUGAUCUGGGAAUUCGGUUUUUCAUGUGUUGGUGGUAACCCUUCUUCUUCUUCUUCUUCUAAGAGAAACAUGAGUUGUCUAAACGACGAAAACAGCCACAAAACGACGAAGAGUUUUGAACACAGCAAAGCUUGGUUACUUGCUGAGUCUGGACCAGAAUUGAACAAUGCUGACCCUCAAUCUGUUCACUCUUCUUUCAGAUUUAGUUUCUGUUCUCAAGUUGAGUUGGAUUCGUUGAACAUGAGUUCUUCCACUGCUGCUACCGUUUUGAUGGUCAAUUUGGAUAAUGGGGUUUUUGAAUCUCGUUCUAGGGAGUUGAAAUUGAGGAGAAUGGAGUCUUUGGAGAAGACUAUUUCUCCUGUUACUCAUUCUUUGAUCAGGUUUCGCUUUGCUGAUAUUCUCUCUGCUACUAGGAAUUUCUCCAAAGGUAGGGUAUUGGGAAGAGGGGCAUUGAGCUGUGUUUAUAGGGGAAGAGUUGGGCUAUUGAGAAAUGCUGUAGCAAUUAAACAGUUGGACAAGGAAGAUAAGGAAUCUGCAAAGGCCUUUUGUAGAGAAUUGAUGAUUGCUAGCUCUCUUCAUAGUCCAAAUGUUAAUCCACUUGUGGGUUUUUGUAUUGACCCUGAGGAGGGUUUGUUUUUGGUUUACAAGUAUGUCUCAGGAGGAAGCUUGGAGCGCCACUUGCACGGGAGGAAGAAAAAUGGGAAGGGUAGUUCACCACUUCCAUGGUCUGUGAGGUACAAGGUUGCAAUUGGGAUUGCAGAAGCUGUGGCUUAUCUGCAUAGUGGAACUGAAAGAUGUGUUGUUCACAGAGACAUUAAGCCCUCCAACAUUCUGCUUUCUUCUAAGAAAACUCCAAAGUUAUGUGAUUUUGGAUUAGCCACAUGGACUUCUGCACCUUCAGUCCCUUUCCUUUGCAAAACAGUCAAAGGAACAUUCGGAUAUUUGGCUCCUGAGUAUUUCCAACACGGGAAAGUAUCGGAUAAGACGGAUGUUUAUGCUUUUGGAGUGGUUUUAUUGGAACUCAUUACUGGUCGAAAACCAAUCGAAACAAAAAGGUCUCCAGGAGAGGAGAACUUAGUCUUAUGGGCUAAACCUUAUCUGCAAAAAGGAAAAGGAGCCAUUGAAGAGUUGCUUGAUCCUCGACUGAAGUGCAAUUUGAGAUCCUCAAAUCAAAUGGGUAGAAUGAUUGAAGCAGCAGCAGCCUGUGUCACAAAUGAAGAAUCUAGGAGACCUGACAUACAUGAGAUUAUUGCGAUACUGAAAGGCGAAGAAGAACCCAUUUUCUCUAAAAGAAAAAAGUCGAGUUUUCUUGGGAAUGGAUGUGUGAUUGAUUGUUAUUCUCAAUUACAACAAACAAACAAUGAGAUGAAAAGUCACUUGGCUUUGGCAAUGCUAGGAGUUUCAGAGUUUGAGGAUGAUGAUUAUCUCUUUGAUCGUUAAAACAUGACGAUAACAGCAAUAUAACUUUAGUUUUUGACAUGAUUUUCACUAGAGUGUUAAAGGGAAUUCCAGUUGUAAAUAGAAAUAGAAGCUCAGAUGAAAAGAUUGUUGUGUGUAGAUAUCUUUCCUUUUCCUUUUCUCAAAGGCUAUAAAAUGCUACAGAUUUUCAUUUGUUAACCAAGUGGUCGGGUUUAAGUUGUCAAUGAGGUUCAGUUUUUGACGAAUCGUUUAGAAGAACCUGAAUUUAAAUUCUGGUUAGAAUAAUAUUUGAAUAGAUUUUAUUUGUCUCA